GGACUCUGCCAGUCCCAUCCGGACCACACACACGGGCCAGGUGCUGGGGAGUCUUGUCCAUGUCAGGGGCGCCGAUACUGGGGUCCAUACCUUCCUGGGAAUUCCCUUUGCCAAGCCACCUCUAGGUCCGCUGCGAUUUGCACCCCCUGAACCCCCUGAAUCUUGGAGUGGUGUGAGGGAUGGAACCACCCAUCCGGAUGUGUGUCUUCAGGACCUCACCAUAAUGGAUUCAGAGGUUCAGAGCCAAGUCAAUGUGACCAUCCCUUCCAUCUCCAUGUCUGAGGACUGCCUGUAUCUCAGCAUCUACACGCCGGCCUACAGCCACGAAGGCUCUAACCUACCGGUGAUGGUGUGGAUCCACGGUGGUGGGCUUGCUUUUGGCAUGGCUUCCAUGUAUGACGGUUCCAUGCUGGCUGCCUUUGAGGACGUGGUGGUGGUCACCAUCCAGUACCGCCUGGGUGUCCUGGGCUUCUUCAGCACUGGAGACAAGCAUGCAACCGGCAACUGGGGCUACCUGGACCAAGUGGCUGCACUACGCUGGGUCCAGCAGAAUAUCGCCCACUUUGGAGGCAACCCUGACCGUGUCACCAUCUUUGGCGAGUCUGCGGGUGGCACGAGUGUGUCUUCACUUGUUGUGUCCCCCAUAUCCCAAGGACUCUUCCAUGGGGCCAUCAUGGAGAGUGGCGUGGCCCUGCUGCCGGGCCUCAUUGCCAGCUCAGCUGAUGUUAUCUCCACGGUGGUGGCCAAUCUGUCAGCCUGUGGUCAAGUUGACUCUGAGGCCCUAGUGGGCUGCCUGAGGGGCAAGAGUAAAGAGGAGAUUCUUGCAAUUAACAAGCCUUUCAACAUGAUGAUCCCCGGAGUGGUGGAUGGGAUCUUCCUGCCCAGGCACCCCCAGGAGCUGCUGGCCUCUGCCGAGUUUCAACCUGUCCCCAGCAUCAUUGGUGUCAACAAUGAUGAAUUCGGCUGGAUCAACCCCAGUGACACAAGUAUCUAUGACACUCAGAAGGAAAUGGACAGAGAGGCCUUCCAGGCUGUUCUGCAAAAAAUGUUAACGCUGAUGAUGUUGCCUCCUACAUUUAGUGACCUGCUGAUGGAGGAGUACAUUGGGGACAAUGGGGAGCCCCAGAACCUCCAAGCCCAGUUCGAGGAGAUGAUGGCAGACUCCAUGUUCGUGAUCCCUGCACUCCAAGUAGCACAUUUUCAGCGUUCCCGGGCCCCUGUGUACUUCUAUGAGUUCCAGCAUCAGCCUAGCUGGGUCAAGAACAUCAGGCCGCCGCACGUGAAGGCAGACCAUGGUGAUGAGAUUCCUUUUGUUUUCGGAAAUUUCUUCUGGGGCAACUAUGUUAAAUUCACUGAGGAGGAGGAGCGGCUAAGCAGGAAGACGAUGAAGUACUGGGCCAACUUUGCUCGAAACGGGUGAGACGGCACACCCCUGCCUCAACCUCCCCAGGUUAGGGGGCUUGUGCCCAUCCAGUAAUCUCCUAGUCUGGGGUGACCUCAUGAGCACACCCACAUCCUUAAUCACAUGAUAGCCCCUUCCCCAGCCGUGGGACCCCUUGGACAGGGUGGGGGUGCCGUGGGGCAGUGGACACGCUCCAUCUCCCCGCUCUACCUGGAGGGUGGGCACCAGUGCUGUGCCACCGUCAGGGUCUCCCUCUCAGAGAGAGGGACACAUCAGAGCCAGCUGCCCCGCCCCCACUGGGGCUGACACUAGCUGGAGGGAGUUUGUUUCCUGUUUCUGGAAGCCUCCCCGCUUCUACCCCAAGCCCACCUGGCCUGCUUGGCUGCCUUGCCUGACCAGACUCCAGGUGCUCAGGUCUGGGCUCCGGGGGCUCAGAAUGACCCUCGUAUCGCCCUGCUGGGACGGCAUG